CGACCAUAAAACGUCCUUCUGCUGAGCAAGCCUGGGGCCCUCGAACAGAGUGAACACAUGAAUAGAAGAAAAAAGUUUCUCAUUGCUUCUAUAGUUGCUGUUCAGAACUCCAGUUUCAUCUAUCCAUCAUGUCAGAAGUGCUUCUCUAGAGUAAUCCUAGUUUCUAAAAGGUUUGAUUGCUCCAGAUGUGGCUAUACUGGUGAAGCCAAGAAUGUCACUUAUAGAUACAAACUGUCCUUAAAGGUUUCCGAUGCAAACAGAUUGUUUGCAAUCACUGUGUUUGGAAGCUGCUUGGAUGCAUUUUUUGGCAUCACUGCCACUUGCCUAAACAGGUAUAUAAAAGAUUCUAAUCAAAUUGAAGGAACAUUGGACAGUAAUUCAAUUCAGGAUUUAUUAACUCAAGCAGUCCAGGUGUGCUUCGUUGGGAGAACCUUUAUUUUUGGAGUAACGAAUUUUGAAAAUGAAGGUGAACGAGCUUCAGCUUCUAAUAACUUUUUACAAAAAUGCCCUCACAAUGACAGACACAUUAAAGAGUUAGUAGCCUGCCAGAUUUCUCUGCCAAACUCAAAUAUCACAGGGUACACAGUUAUCAACUACUUUGAUCAACUUUUGCAAUCUUCUAAUUUCAAGAAUAUCCACUGUGGCCCACAGCUCUCUGAUAGCCAUUUACUGGAAGGUGAUCACCCUAGCAGUGAGCUCAGCAGCUUAGGUAGCUCUGGCAGCAGCUCUUGUUUUGUUCAGUCAAGUGGCAGAGAUCGUCUUUCAAGGCUUUGGCAGCAGUUCCUUGGACUCACUCCAGUUGUUACACAACCAGCUGAUGAUGAAGAUUUCUCCAUUUCUGAGCAAAGUAAGGACGAUGGUGUUAUUCUACAGCAGAGAGAAAGGGCCUCCUCUGCUGAGGUCACCCAUGUCAAUAACUAUCAUGAACCCAUUCAGGACUGUCACAGCCCUCACUUGUCUCUGGGUGAGGAGAGUAAAAGGGGAAAGCUGGACACAGAAUCUGGUUUACCAGCUAGUCAUCUGACUGCCACUCUUAACAAUUAUCAUGAGAUCGGAGCUGCCAAUAACUGGAGUAGUUUUUGCCCUUUAGAAGUGAAGCAGUCACCUGAGGAAAGCAACACAGAUCUUUUCCCUAGUACUCUGGAGACAGAAGAGAAGUGUUCCCAACCUAAGUUAACUCAUCACCAAGGUCACAAAUCAGACCUCUCUUCAAGCUUUCAGAAGAGACCACCAUUUAACACAUCAUCUCCUAGCCCUGAAGCAAAUGCUGGCAAUACCCAGGAAGGGGACCCUGAAAUUUGGGAUGACCUGCCAUUCUCUGAAAGCCUAAAUGCUUUUAUAGCAGUCAUUGAAAAUGAGAACACUAUAGUCCAGGCCACAAAAUGUCAUAAAGGUAAAGACAUCACUCCAGUGGAUGAUCACUGUGACAGAUCAUUAGCAAAUCCACAGAAAGCUACUGGGAGUAUGCAUGUGCCACAUGUGAGGUCAGAGGUAAAACACAAGAACUGUGACAAAAGUAGUGUUUUUUCCAGCUGUGGCCCAAAAAUGAUCUCUACUUCACAAAAGGAAAUACAGCAAGAUAACACGGCCAGUUGCUUUUCAAUAAGUAUUAAUGGAAAAGAAAUUUCUGACUGUGCUAUACCUAAUGCCAAUGUGUCAGUCCUAUCUCAGGCUCCAAAAGACUUUAGAACAUACCUUUCUUUUAAAAAAAGUGACAGUUUUCCACAAUACAAAGUGGAAAUCAUUCCAAGUCCUAAUACUUCCGGAAAUGUCCAUUCUUGUACCAGCACAAAGUAUUCUGUGAAACAUGGAGAAAGGCAAUCUUUAAAAAUGGAUGGAACAGUUACUUCUUUGUGUUCUGAAAAACAUGUGUUUUCUGAUGCUUGUGCAAGAAAUAAAGGACAUUCUAUUUGGCUACAGAAUCAAGAAGGAAGUUUGACAACAUGCUGGGGACUUGUGCAGAACCCAAAAGCUCAUUGCAGUAAUAAAAAUGUGAGUACAAAUGUGUUUGCAUUAAUGCCAGAACCUCAAGGAAUAACUUCUACAAUUGUAAAAGAAAACUUACUUCAAAACUAUUCUCCUACUAGUGAGAGCAGUUACAAUGCUUCUGCUGAUCUCUUUGAUGUUAGUGCCAAACAAAUGGAGGCUGUGGCAGAAUAUAUUGAUAAAUCACAGGGCAUUUUGUCAACAUGGGAAACUGUUUUGACAGCAAAUCAUCCUGAAUCUAAUUUUCCCCUUAGUCCUGUAGAUGAUAAUUGCAGCCAUUUUCAAAGAAGGUCUUCCUUGCAAAAUAUACUUACACAUCCAGGAACACAUUCUUCACCUUAUUUUCAAUCAGAUUCAGACUAUGACCUGGGAGAUAGCCAAGAAUUUGUUCCAUAUUCGCAGUCAACUCCUAUUGUACCACUUCAUCAUAGACUAAGAGUCCAUAGAAUGAAAGAAUCUUAUCAAAAAUAUCCCAGACUUUAUACCAAUCUGCACUCCAACUAUAAAAACUCAGCAAUGACCUUUGAAGAUGGCAUACAGCAGCCUACCCAAAAGGGCCUUAAAAAUGAAAACACAGUGAGCCUGAGGUCUAGGAACAUUUCCAUAGCUGAUGAUUCACAGCCAAUGUUAAUCAAUAGUAGUCCUACUAUCAAGUUCUUUGAAACUAAUUUUGAUGAUUGGGUUCUCCCUACUACAAAAAAAGCAUUUCCUUCACCUGUACUUCCCACCUCAGAUAUGCUUGGAUUAGGUUUCAGGGUCCCAGGUAAAUGGCCUGCUGCUUGCAGUACUCCUACUCAAGCCAAGGGACCCAAAAAUAAAAAGAGGCAGAUAGAACACAGGACUGCCAAAGAUUUAAUUGGGAAAGAAUUUCAUCUGGAGAACAAGGACAGAGUGACAGCUAUGAAACAAAUUACUCCUGAACUUAAAAAUUGUAAAGACAGUAGGGGCUGUAGUUCCAAAAAUGCAGCUCUUAGGAAUGAUUCCCUUUCAAAUGUCAAAUGUCGACUUUCGUUUUCUGAAAAUGAGUCCCUUCCAGCUGCUGAAGUUGCAAAUGACUGGUCUCCUGAAUUGUUCACACAAAGUCAGCCAAACCCAAUUUCUAAACACUUAAAGAUUCCUGUUUGGAAACUUUAGUAUUUAUUGGUAUUGCAGUCUAAUCAUUUUUAGACUUCUAGAAAAACAAAAAUUUUAAAUGUGACCUUCAUGUGAACCUGAUGCUUUUAAUGUUUUUUGGCAUGAUUAAAAUGGUGUAAUGUUAACUUGUAAAUGAACUCUGAUCACAAUAUUCUGGCACUUUAUUUUGUAU